UAUAUAAUUAAUCAGCCUUAUCGUGAAUUUUCAUUUCGUGUGGAAUGAUUCACAUUUCGCCUAUGCCGUUCACCUAUGCUAUUUUGAAUAUUCACCAUGCGAAACAGUUCGCUUCGAAUUAUUUCCACCCUAUCGUGAACGGCAUCAACGGCGAAAUAAUUGUCAAAUUAUUGGUGAAAUUUUUCGUUAAAAUUUUGUGCGCGAAAUAUAUUUGAAUCAUGUAAGUAUCAAUAAAAAUUAGAUAAAAAUUCCUAUUUUUAUAUAAUUUAAAAACAAUUAUUUUAAGGUCAAAAUCGAUUAAUAAAACGCAAUCUGAAAUUUUGCUCAGUAAAAUGGCAGAAAAUCCUGAUUUAGCGGCUGGCUUCUCUAAACAAGGAAAAGACAGACAAGAAGCGUUAUGGAAGGAAACGGCCGCGGAUUUGAACAGUGCUGGGCCUCCGACUAAAACGGUGUCUGAGUGGAAAAGGGUUUGGAAUGACCAAAAGCGUUACGUACGCAAAAAGUUGACGUUUAAUGCGGAACAAAUUAGAGGCACUGGUGGGGGACCAAACCUGCAUCAUAAACUGUCAACAUCGGAGGAAACUAUUGUAGCAAUCACUGGCAUGACAAAUAGCGUUGAGGGAUUGGAAGGAAUAGUGUCACACGGAUUUCAGCCGCUAAGCACAACUGAGAGUGAAUUGGACGCAGAAACAAUUGUGAACAAAAGUCCACAGCAAACUCCAAAAAGGAACCCCUUUCUUAAAGAUGCGCCGUCAUCCUCUAAAAGAAAGGGCACAUCUGUGAUAUUAGAAGAAGAAAUAGAAGUGCAAAAAGAAAUCUUAAAACGGAUAAGGAGAAUUGAAGACAAUACAAGGGCGUUGAAUAAAAAUUUCACAAUUUUAAACAAUUUAAAAGAAGAAGAAUUAAAAGAACUAAAAAAUCAAACGAUAGAAAAUAAGCGGCAUAAUAUUGAAAUAGAAAAUUUGAGAAAAAGAGAAAUUAAAGCAAAGUUAGAAAAAACAAGAAGGUUAAUAGAAAUUGAAGAAAUGAAGCUUUCAAUGAUGAAAAGAUAACUUAUUCAGAAUUACAUUUUAUUAAUUUUUAAUUUUAUAUUUAUGUGGUCUCAU